CGGUGGCCUGGGCGAUCGGGGCACCCUACUCCCCCAUUUAAUCUGCUUCGUGUUUCUCUCUCUCUCCCACCAUCUCUGGCAGCUCGGCUUCGCCAUUACUUGGAUUGCAGGAGCUGGCCGUGGAGUUCCCGUGAGGUAGAGACCAAGCCAUGACUUACUCACUCGCCCCGACCCACACCCGAAAGAGACGCUUCAAUUCCUAGGCAUAAUUAGGAAAACGAAGUAAAAGAAUUCAAGAAAACCACCACCCCUCUUCCUUUUCUUCUUCUUCCUGCACUUUCUUUUCUCCUUUUCACCUACCGAAUCCCAUUGCCGGGUCCCCGAUCUGGUUGAGACGGGUUGUAGAUUGGUGGUAGCCUCUUGGCGCUGUCAAUGCGGGUGGAUUUGAGCCUGGGCGGUGGGUGCGCGGAUGGACGCCUGCGAAAUCCGGGCGCCAGGGGCAGUGCUGCUGCAGAAAUCUGAGCUGCCGGCGGAGAAGAAUUAUACGAAUGGCCGCAGCGAUACCGCAGUGAGGCGCAAGGUGGCGGCGAUGCCGGCAGCGGCACCUACUACUCCGAGGAGGCACCCGUCGCCGAAUGCCGGCCGAGCGUCGUCCCCGGUGCCGGCUGGGUCACAGGCGAAGAGGUCCCAGUCCACCGAACGGCGGUCGGCAACUCCGUCAAGGCCGUCUUCAGGCGGCUCGAGGCCGAUUACCCCGUCCAGGAUCUCUGCGCCGGCGUCGCCGUCGUCUGCUCCUUCCAGCCCUUCCUCCUCAUCCUCCAGCUCGUCGACGCCGGUGCGUGAUGCCGUCUCGGAGACGCAAAGUGCUCCGAGGAGGUUGUCCGGUGGCCGGGCUCCUGAUGGGUUGUGGCCUUCAAUGCGGAGUCUAUCUUCUUCUUUCCAGCUCGAAUCAAAGGGGAAAAGGAUUAGUAGUAGCUCUUCAGCAGAUCAGGCCAAGACGAGGGUUGCAACAUCAGCUGACAGGAAGAGGAGCCCGUUGAGAGGGAGGGCUGCCCCUGAGCAGUCAGAGAAUCCGCACGCAAAGGUGAUUGAUCACCAUCGCUGGCCUGCUAUGAUGAGUGGCAGGGUGUCUGCAAGUGCAAUGUCGAAGAGCGUGGAUCUCACUGAUAAGAUCAGUAGGUCUGCUCAACCAUCGGUUCCAUCACGUGGGGUUUCACCGAAGAGAACACCGAUGUCCUCCGCUGCAAAUGCCUUGUCAAGAAGUAUCGACCUUGCUGAUAAAAUCGACCGAUUGGUCUCUUUGUCGGUUUCAUCACGAGGGGGGUCACCUGCUUCCAACGGCACAAAUGAUGUCUCUAAAAGCAUCAGUGUUGGUAAAGAUGUCAAACCUGCAUCCUUUGCAAUUCCAUCAAGAAGGGUUUCACCAAUAAGAACAGCUACAUCAGAUGGUACUAGGGCCCUAUUAGAGAGCAUGAAUCUUACUGAGAAAGAUAACAGCACACUCUCCUCGUCAGUUUCAUCACCCAGUAUUUCACCAAGUGCAUCAAUAUCUAGUGUGUCCAAUACUACAUCACAGACUACUACAAAAUCUACUGACAGACUUAAUGGACCCAUUUCAACCCCAUCUUCAUCAAGAGGACUUUCACCUAGAAGAACAACUUCUGGUGGCACUGAUACUAUAUCUAAAAACUUUGAUUUCCCUGAAAAAGAUAGGAGACCAGCCUCCUCAUCAGCUUCAUUAAGAGGGAUUUCACCAAGACGGCGACUUGCCUCUGGGGUUAAUGAUAUUGUGAAAAAUACGGAUUUUGCUGAAAAGGAUAGCAGAGUAGUCAGCUCGUCAAUGCCAUCUCAAGGGGUUUCUCCUAGGAGGAGACUUGCCUCUGAUGGUGUUGAUACUAUAUCAAGGAGCACCGAUUUUUCUGAAAAGGUUAACAGACUGUCCACCUCAUCAUCUGCAUCGCGUGGGAUUUCUCCACGAAGAAGGCUUGCUUCUGAUAGCAUCAGUGCUGUAUCAAAAGGCAUGAACUUUGCUGAUAAAGCUAACAGACCAUCAACCUCUUCAGCUGCAUCACGUGGGAUUUCACAAAGAACUCAAUUAGCAUCUGAUGGAGUUGGCAAUAUAUCAAAAGGCUUAGAUAUCGCUGAUAGACAUGACAGACCAUCAACCUCGUCUGCUGCAUUACGAGGUAUGUCACCACGACGUAGGCUCACAUCUGAUGCAAGCAAUGCCAUUUCAGAAAGAAUCAACUUCACUGAAAAGGAUGCCAGAACUGUAUCCUCUUCAGUUGCUCCUAGAGGGGUCUCACAAUUAAGACGACUUGCCUCUGAUGGUGUUGAAACUUUAUCAAAGAGUAUGGAUCUAGCUGAGAAAGAUACCAGACCUACCACCUCGUCAGCUGCAUUGCGAGGGUUUUCACCAAGAAGACGUCUUGCCUCAGAUGGUGUCAAUGUGAUAUCAAAGAGCAUGGAUCUUGCUGAAAACAGUAUUAAAUCCGCCACCACUUUAGCUGCAGCACGGGGAGUUUCACCAAGAAGACGGCUUGCCUCUGACGGUGUAGAUUCUAUGUCAAAGAGCACAAAUUUUACUGAAAAAGGUGUUAGAUCUUUAACCUCGUCAAUGGCAUCACGAGGCCUUUCACCAAGAAGACAACUAGCCUCUGAUGGUGCCAAUGCAGUAUUGAAAAGCACAGAUUUUGCUGAUAAAGACUACAGACCAUCUACCUCAUCAGCUGCAUUACGAGGGACUUCACCCAGAAGCAGGGUUGUCUCUAAUGCCAUAUCAAAAAGCAUGAAUUUUGCUGAAAAAGAUAGCAGACCGUCCACCUCAUCAAGUGCAUCGCGUGGGACUAUGCAGAGUGGCAGGUCCAAAUCUGAUAGUGUUAGUGUUCUAUCAAAAGACAUGGAUAUUACAGAUAAAGAUAGUGCACAGCCUAUCUCAUCAGCUGUGUCUGGUUGGGCUUCAGACAGUAGACUUGGCGGGGCUGGUGCUCUGGUUAAAGGCAUAGAUAUUACUGAGAAAUUUGUUGCAGCACUGCAAGAUGGUGGUGAUGGUGACGAUCCAGGAAGAACGGAUUCUACUGACAUCGGUACAGGUGCAACCUCGUUGUCCAUUGCAUCACAAGAGAGAUCACUGACUAGACCUGUCUCUGAUGGCAAUAAGACUACGUCAGAGAAUGUUGAUUCAACUCUAAAAGGUAAUGGAGCAAUAUCGGUGAAGGUUCCAUCUCGAGGAACUUCUCCAAGAAGGCGACUUGCUUCUGAUGGCAUAGAUGCUAUAUCUAAAAGCAUGGAUUUUGCUGAGAAAGACAAGAAACCCAUGACAAAAUCAGUUCCAUCACGUGGAAUGUCACCAAGAAGAACUGUGAGAUCUGAUAGUGCUAAUGUAAUGUCAAAAAGCAUGGAUUUUUCUGAUAAAUGUAAUGGACCGAUAUCUUCAUUAGUACCUUCACGAGUGGUUUCUACAAGAAGAAUACUGGGACCAGAUGGUGCUAAUGCCAUGUCAAGAAGCAUGGAUCUGACUAUUAAAAGCAGACAGCAAAUCUCUUCAACUGUGCAACCAUCCAGAGCUUCACCAAGGAAAACACCUCUUGCUUAUAACAGAGUAAAAGACCCUGAACUUUUGUCAGGUGAUGCUGAGAGCCCUGGUUCUGCCAAUGGAAAUGAAAGUCAAGAGGAGAAUGCUGGUUCUGAGGCGCCUUCAAAUAUUUCAGAAAAAAUUGCACCUCCAAAGCGGUUGGCUAGGACAUCGUCUUCACCAUCACGUGUUCUGAUACGCCCUUCAUCACCAUGCAAUGCUUCAUCAACAUCAUCAUUUGCCUCUAGGAGGUUGCCAAGCCCAUCAAGGACGAGACCCUCAACACCUGUCUCACCAUGUAGUUCUGGUAGAUCUGAUUCUGCCUCUUCUAUUUUUAGCUACAUCAGUGAUGCUACAAGAGGGAAGAAGAGCCCCAGCCACAUGGAAGAUACCCAUCAGUUGCGCCUCCUAUAUAAUAGGAACUUGCAAUGGUGUUUUACAAAUGCUUAUGUUGAUGAGAUGCUGUCCAUACAGAAGAUGAGUGCUGAGACUAUGCUCUACAGUGUAUGGGAUGCUAACUCAAGGAUGUGUGACUCUAUGGUUAUGAAAAGGAGCUAUGUACAAAAACUAAGGCAAGAGGUCAAAUUGGGAAUAGUGUUAAAAGAGCAAAUGGAUUACCUGGAUCACUGGGCAGCGUUGCAAACAGAGCAUUCUUCUUCUUUAUACAGCGCAACUGAAGCUCUUAGAGCAAGCACAUUGCGUCUUCCAGUUACAGGAGGAGCUAAGGCUGACGUACUUACUGUUAAGAAUGCUGUCAGUUCAGCAGUUGACAUUAUGCAAGCAAUGGGGUCAUCCAUUUGCCAUUUGCUAUCAAAGUUACAGGCUACGCUCUCUCUGGUUACAGAACUUUCAGCUGUUGCUGCUAAAGAAAGUACCUUGCUUAAUGAGUACAGAGAACUCUUAGCAACAGCAGCAGCACGACAGGUUCAAGAGUCCAGCCUAAGGACACAACUCAUACAACAAACAGAGUGAACAGAUUAAGCUCCUGUAUGUCUAACUAAGAAGACAGGUAACACCAUUCAUUAGUUUCGGUAACUGUACGGUGCAUAUGUGUAUCUUCGACUCCCCCCCCCCCCCCCCCUUUCCUUCCCUUAUUAGCUAAUAGGUAUCCCCAUAUUUCUUUUCAUUUCUACUUCCCCAUAUUUCUAUUCAAACAACUUACAUGGAAGAGAAGUGAAGCGCCACGAAACCAUGGAUUAAUCCAUGACGAGCCUGUCAAUGUGCCGAAAAAACUGAAAAGUUGCUGUAAAGUUUAGCAGUUCUCUGUCCUUCAGUGUAAUGCCUUCAGAUCUUCCUUGGAUUGCCAUCAUCCGUAGAAGUAGAGACUCCAGUAGCAGUUUACUUAUUGCCGGUGCCCAAUCCAAGCAAGGGGCAACGAGUACUUCUAACCUAACACUGUAGAAUAGAUGACAUGUUUCUGAUACCGACUUCAUUGCCAUCACUUGUAAGUACCAUGUCAGGAGAAUACGAUAUUAUGUUCUUCUCUGCUUACUCCAAAUAGAAUAUUCUUUCCUCA